UCCCGCGGGGUGGCUGUCGUAUGCAAAUCCACCAUUUUCAAACGUUUCAAGGUCCAACCGACCGACCGAGGUUUAAAAAUUUAAAAAAAGCAAGAUCGCCAGAGACUGGGUCUCAUCUCGUCGUUGUCGGAGUCAAUGGAGGACGUUCAAGUUCUUCUCCCUCAUCCACUCCUGCUUUUCGGCAACAGCUACUGCUACAGUGGAACCAGACUAUCAUCCCUCUGGCAUCAUCAUCUGCAAUCAUUACCACUCAACACGCUUCAUCAUCAUCGCCUCCUCCAUCACCGCCACAAUAACGACCUCUUCACUCAUUACUCCUUUCGGUUGAGAGACAGCAUAUUCAAAGUUCAUAACAAUGGCCCAGAAGCUGUGAAUUGGUCUUUGGUUUGUGGAAUGUAGGAGGAAGCUUUCGGUUUGCUGGAGCUCAAGUGAGGCGAGACAGAUGGAUUUGCGUUGGUCUUGUCUUGGGUUUCUUCUGAUUUAUGGGUUCAGUGGAUCUGUUCUUGGCGACCAAGAAGGCUUCUUGAGUCUAUCUUGCGGUGGAAGUACAAGCUUUGUUGACUCUUCUAACAUUUCAUGGGUCCCGGAUGAUGAUUAUGUGAGCACAGGCAAUGGAACAACAGUGAAUUUCAUUGAAGGUAGUUCAACCUCCAGAGUUCCAUUACGGUUCUUCCUGGAUUCUCAAGAAGGGCGCAAGUGUUAUAAGCUGCCUGUGAAGAAUAUUUCAUCUGUAGUUCUUAUCAGGCCCCAGUUUUUCUACAAAAACUAUGAUGGAUUGGGGAAGCCUCCAGCCUUCCAGGUUUCUCUAGGGACUGCUACCAUUACAACUGUUAACCUUACUAAUUCUGAUCCCUGGGUAGAAGAGUUUAUAUGGCCUGUUACCAAGGACACCGUUCCAUUCUGUUUCCUCUCUAUUCUGGAUGGUGGAGUUCCUGUUAUUUCUUCACUUGAAGUCCGCCCACUUCCUGAUGGAGCUUACAGAAGUGGCAUGGGAAAUCUCACAAAUAAGUCGCUAAGGAAGCAUUACAGAGUCAAUUGUGGGAACAACACAUCCACUCGGUACCCAGUUGAUCCUUAUGAUCGUAUAUGGGAUGCUGAUCUAAACUUCUCUCCUUCUCAUUUGUCAACUGGAUUCAAUAUUCAACUUCCCUUCAAUCUAUUAGGCAUUAAGGAGAGUCCACCUCUUAGUGUUCUUCAAUCAGCAAGGGUUUUGGCACGAAAGAACAUUCUUACUUACAAUUUCCCUCUUGAUAAGCUAGGAGAUUAUCACAUCAUCCUCUAUUUUGCUGGAAUUCUGCCUGUAUCACCCUCAUUUGAUAUAUUAGUUAAUGGAGAUGUUGUUAGUUAUAACUACACAGUGAAAAACUCAGAAGCUGGUAUGUUAUUUUUCUCAUUUAAAGGCAUUCAAAGUUUGAAUAUGACAUUUCGGAAUAUCAGCUUCUAUCCACAAGUGAAUGCAAUUGAGGUCUAUGAAAUUGUUGACAUUCCCUUGGAGGCUUCUUCAACUACAGUGUCAGCACUCCAGGUUAUCCAACAGUCCACUGGCUUAGAUCUCGGAUGGCAAGAUGAUCCAUGUGCUCCAACACCAUGGAAGCAUAUUGGAUGUGAAGGCAGUUUGGUUACAUCAUUGGAGAUUUUUGGCAUUGACUUGAGAGCAAUCAGUCCCACAUUUGGUGAUCUACUGGACCUUAAAACAUUGGACUUGCACAAUACAUCUCUUACUGGAGAAAUACAGAAUUUGGGUAGCCUGCAACAACUUGAAAAAUUGAACCUGAGUUUCAAUCAUCUAACUUCCUUUGGAUCUGAUUUCGCCACCUUGGUUAGCCUUCAGAUUUUGGAUUUGCAAAACAAUAGUUUGCAGGGAACAGUUCCAGACAACUUGGGAAAUCUAAAAGGCCUUCAUCUAUUGAAUCUGGAAAACAAUAAACUUCAAGGCACACUCCCCCAGUCUCUGAACAGGGAAAAUUUGGAAGUUAGAACAUCGGGGAAUAUAUGCCUUUCCUUCUCCACAUUAUCAUGCAAUGACAUUUAUAGCAAUUCUUCAAUUGAGACACCACAUGUUACAAUGUUUAACCCAACAAAACACAAUGGUCAUAAUCGGAAGGCGCUUAUAAUUGGUAUAACCUGUGGAGUCUUAUGUGCCCUUCUCUUUAUUGCAUUUUUGGUAUUCAUAUAUAGGAGGGAAAAAGGAAGCAAAUUCACAUCUACAGCAGGAACAUCAUCUGAGAUGCGGAACUGGAAUGCAACCAAAGUCUUAACUUGCAAAGAGAUCAAAGCAGCUACAAGUAACUUUAAGGAGAUUAUAGGCCGUGGAAGUUUUGGAUCUGUCUACCUUGGAAAACUUCAAGAUGGAAAACUAGUUGCUGUGAAAGUGCGGUUUGACCAAACCCCACUUGGGGCUGAUUCCUUUAUCAAUGAGGUGUAUCUUUUGUCACAAGUUCGCCAUCAAAAUCUUGUAUCCUUGGAAGGAUUCUGUCAUGAAUCAAAACAGCAAAUACUCAUCUAUGAGUACUUAUCAGGCGGAUCUUUGGCUGAUAAUUUGUAUGGUUCAAAUAGUAAAAAUGUAACAUUGAGCUGGGUUCGUAGAUUGAAAAUUGCUGUUGAUGCUGCCAAAGGAUUGGAUUAUUUACAUAAUGGGAGCAAUCCACGAAUCAUACAUCGGGAUGUUAAGUCUAGUAACAUUCUUUUGGACUCAGAGAUGAAUGCCAAGGUCUGUGACUUUGGUCUCUCUAAGCAAAUAUCUCAAGCAGAUGUGACUCAUGUGACUACUGUUGUCAAGGGCACUGCUGGGUAUCUUGACCCUGAGUAUUAUUCAACACAGCAGUUGACUGAAAAAAGUGAUGUUUACAGCUUUGGUGUUGUUCUUCUAGAGCUCAUUUGUGGGCGUGAACCUUUGUGUCACUCUGGCAAUCCAGAUUCCUACAACUUGGUGUUAUGGGCAAAGCCAUACUUGCAGGCAGGUGCCUUUGAGAUAGUAGAUGAUUGCUUGAAAGGAACUUUUGAUAUGGAGAGCAUGAGAAGGGCAGCUUCUGUUGCUGCAAGGUCUGUUGAAAGGGAUGCCUCACAGAGGCCAACAAUGGCGGAGGUAUUGGCAGAGCUCAAAGAAGCAUACGGUAUUCAACUUUCAUAUGUCACAUCUAGAGGGCAUUUAAAUUAAAUUACACUAUUUAUCUCUUACCAUUAAUAUUUAUGCCUAUGCUUUGUAUGAGUUUUGUAUGGAGGAUGGAAAAGUAAAGACCUGGUUUUAUAGAAGCAAGGUUUGCUUUUUCAGAAGCAAUGUCAUGGGCCUCAUGGCGAAUGCAUAUCUAAAAUAUUUAUUAUUAUU